AUGCCAGUACCCGGAUUAUUAUGGCACGGUCGGUUCUGGCCGGUUAGGUUCGUUUUCCGACCAUUUCCGUGCCGCCGGAUUCCGGCCGGAAGUUCAAACGCAGGUUCGAGUCAUUUCUCAACCAUUUCCUGCAAACUUCGAGCUGGAAACGGUCAGGAACUGAUCGGAUAUUUCCCGUGCAAUUCCGGCCGGAAUCCGGCGGCAAGGAAGCUGCCGGAACUUGCUGGAAUCGGCGAAAACUGUACCGGAACCGACUCAGAUUUCAACGGAUCCAGUCGCCGGAAUGAUCGAUCUGGGUAG